CUGACAUAUAUGUUGUCUGCUGAUACAAAAAAUAUAUAUAGUUCUGCUGCAUAUAUAUUAAUUAGUUGUUCUAUUAUUUGUUCUCUUUCAGAAUAAUUUGUCUUCAGUCAAUCACAUUUACUCACACCUCACUAUGUCUAAUAAAGAUUCCACUACUGUUACCCCCUCAGAUAUCCCUGAGGAAAAACAGAAAAUCCAAUCCAUAAUAGAUAAAUCCAUCCAAUCUGCUAUGCAGACGGCCAUGCAUGAUUCCAUUGCACAAUCGGUAGUCAUGGCCCUGUCUCAAAGUAAACCUCAGGUUACCCCUGAACCUUUACCUAUUACCCCAUCUGACAUUUAUUGGUCAGCGGAGGACUCUACAUCCCACAUGAUUCAGGGAUUGAAAAAAGCGGGUAAAGUGUCUCAAAAACGACAUCAUAUAUCUCAUACUGGUCCCUCCCAUUCUAAAAGAAUGGUCCUGAUGGAGAACCAGGGUGAAUCUUCUAAGCCUCCUAGUAAAGGAAAGGCUACUGUCAGUGACAAGAGGUCACACGUUAUACCCUCUGCCCGGGAGGAGUUGAUCUUACAACGGGUAAAAAUGGCCUCAAAGAGGCAAAAACCAGACUCUUACCGUACCUCUUCCAGCAAUUAUUCUUCUGAUGAGGAAUCUUUAUCAGAAGAAGGAAGAGACUCUGAAUAUGAGAAUGUCUCUGAUGCGGAAGAAGGAAUACCCUUGAAAAGGAGGAAUCCGAGGUUGCUAUUAUAGACGGCUCUGGUGAUCCGUAUUUCGACCCAGGUCAAAUUAAACAUCCCCGUUCAGGGGAAUGGGUUACCCAUUCCCUAGUUACGAAAUGUUUAAGCCUCUGGAUCCAGAAACCAUUAGAUAAGAACGAGGCUAGUAAGUUAAGAGCAGAGUGCCCAAGACCGUCCCUCCCAAAGAAAUUAGCCAAUACACCCUAAUUAGACCCCGCAUUAGUUAAAUCCCUUCUAAAAUCAGGAAAACACCCAAAAAAGGGGGUGGACAGAUCAUAUCGUUUCUGUCAAGAUAAAUUAUUAGACAUGUUAGGCCCCUUAGCUAAGAUUCUAGAUUUAAUAGAAGAAGCAGUUUCAUCUAACACCCCAAUAGAUUUAAAUGUCCUGAAAGGUUGGGCUCAGCGAGCCAUUGUACUAUUUGGCAACGCGAAUGCGGCCAUCUCUAGCGAAAGGAGAAGAUCGAUUCUGAUGAAGCUGGAUCCACAGCUUAUGCAUCUCGCUUCAUCUCAACCAUCUUCCAUCACCAAGGGUCUACUUUUUGGUGACUCUUUUAUUAAAGAGAUCAACAAAUACGUAGCUCUCUUUACUUCUUUAGACAAGGCCCAAUCAUCACUCAAAAAGGUUUUCCAACCAAAGUUUUUCCCAAAGCUGGGAAACUCAAGGGCCGAUUUCCAACAGAUCUUCUACCGAAGGUCAUUUCCCCAGAGGCCCUCUGAACACCGUGUUAGGUUACCAGAUAGAUUUCACCUCUUUACCGACUCAAAGUCAGGAUCCUAUUCCAAUAAGGUUCUCAGAAGAGGACAAAAAGCUCAUCUCACUGGAGAUAAAAGAGCUUUACUCCAAAGGGGCCAUAGUUCAAGUUCCCUUGCAAACUCCAGGUUU